GUAAACAAACAACAUUCACAAGCGCAUGUGUGUGAAGCCAAGUUUUGCCAGUCACUUCAGUCAAUGAACACUUCUUGGUAAUUCAUUAUAAUUUCAGCAAAUUGACAAGAUGAACAGCUACAUUAGCCUUCCAGAUUACGUGGAGCGCAAAGGAUCUUUAUUUUUGCGAUCAAACCACAUGAAUUAUAGUCGACCAACUCUAAAUUCUAAUUGGCACCAAUCCAGGGAAGCUGAACCCAAGGAUUAUGAUAUUAAUGAUUUUGAGAAACUACAGGACAGGAAACUUCAUAACACAACUUACAAGAGAAUCGGUGAUGUCACAGAUGGGUCAUUCCCAUUGACCACAACACAAGACCAUCUGGAGCAGGCCAAUUUAAAGAAAGAUUUUGAAGAGCAAGAGCCAAGAAAACCAAUGGUCAAUGUUGCAACUAUCGCACAUGCGGAUUUAGAUAGGGAUACUGGUAAACCCAAGACAGGCUUUGGAGCAGUUUUACCGAGGCACAAUCCAGAACAUGACAAGCGCCAUCUUGAGACGACAAACCGUGCAGACUACAAGCCACCCUAUCCAUACACAGCAGCACCGGAGCAACUUCCGGACUUUGCAGACAACUCCAACGCGUAUCGCAAGUGCCACAGCCAAUUCACGGACACUGCUGACUUCCGUCGCUUUGGCCGAAAUACGUUCCAGGACGAGAGCGGAAUUUAUGGGAACACGCAGCUGAAGAGGAACGUUUACCAAACGACAAACACCAUCCCAAAAGUAUUAGAAUGAUGAUGGGACUGGUUGUAGAGACUAUAUAUAUAUUUUUUUUCAGUUGAGAUUCUACUUGAUGGAGAAGGACUAUAUUUGACAUCAAGUUUAAGUUUCAUGCUGCUAGUCUCACCUUGAGGAAAGUGUUACUCUUAUUUCAUCUUUUAAUUGAGUGUCUUCAGAAAAUGAAAUAAAUUUCAAAAAAGACUUCCAAGAGAUUGAUAUAAUGCUGCUGAUGAUCAGUUCAAUAUUGGCACAAUGUGCAAUGUUUUCAGAACAGAAAAACAAAAAAUGAACUUUAAGUCGGUUUCCAGGAGAUGUUAAUGAUGCAGAUGAUCAUUAGAAUUGCUGUUGGUCCCUAAUUGCAAGGUACUACUUACCGCAAGAAAGAAUUACAAACCAAAAGCAAAUCGAUGCCUUCUUUGGAGGAAGUUUACAGAUGGAAGUACAAAAGAAAAGUCUUUAUGAUCGAGAUUAUCAAAAAUCUUGUAGCAGCAUACUAGUACAUGAACCUUGAUAAUGGAAUAGACUUCUACUACUUUACAUUAUUCAAAUUCAUGUAUUCCUGCUUUACUACAUGUAUAUGGUAUGAUGAUUGGAUGUUUCUGUAUUCUUCCUGCUGGUAUACAUAUAUUGUCAUUGUUCUAAUGAAGUUUAAAAGCCCAAAAUUGUAUGUUUAUUUUAUUGUAUUGAGACUGCCAAAUGCCUCUAAUCUCACAAGAUAAUUUCAGUCUUUAAAUCCAGCCUCACUGUAGUAUUCAUUAGAUAUUUUAUAUCAUGGUUUUACAAGUUGAAAUUAAAUAUUCUUACAUCCCUCCAAUGUAGAUUUUCACACCAUUCUCAUGGUUGUCUUUUAUUUAUUUAUUUUUUUUUUUUUUGGGGGGGGGGCAAUGAAAAUCUCAUGCAAUAGUUUGUAAAAAUGAUGACAAGGCCUGAUGGUAACAAUAUGAUAUCAACAAAUUACUUAGAGCUGAAGAAGAUUGUCAAUGUAAAAAUGUAUACUCUACUACCAUCUGUCUGUUUUUUCCUUCAAAUUGGAAUUUGAUUGACUAUAAAUGGCGAAAUGCACAGGCAAUUUUCCAAAGUCUGCAGACUUUUCAUAUCUUUUAGCCCGUCCAAAAUAUGUCUGUUUUCAGGUCAGUUUAUGUUUAAUGUUGUGCAGUAUAUUUAAUGAGGUCACUAGCUGCUAUUCUUGUAUGUAAAGUUUUAUCCGUCCUUCAUUAUUUCUCAAUAUAUGAUAGUGUCUUAUUUGUCAGUACUUCCAGAUAUGCAUGAUAUACACGAUGAUGAUAUGUUCAUUUAGGAUGAAAUGGUGAAUGUGAAUACUUAUGAAUCACUGGCGGAUCCCGAGGGGGGGGAGCGCACAGCCGGCCCGUGCCCCCCUUUUUUAGAGGCACAAUUAAAAUUUUUUAUGUAAAAAUUCCCUUAACACAGAAGUGUGCCCCUCCCCCUUUUCAAAAGAGAAGUCCCUUUUUUUUGCUUGUCAAAUUUUUUCGUGGACGAAAUCCCCUUAAUUUUUGGUUGAAACCCCUUUUUUGUGCCCCCCAUAAAAAAAAAAUCUGGAUCUGCCCCUGUUAUGAAUGACAUAUAUUUAAUUCCUGACAGCUUUGGUUUUGUAAUUUUCACGGCUAAUCAAGCCCUCUACUAAGAAAAUUUGUCAGAUCAUGUUGGACAAGCAGAUAUAUUUAGUAUCUUUAUACUUAUAUGAAACAAAGAAAAAAAUCAUUAUGAUAUACUCUAUUUGAAAGCAAUAAAACAAUGAAUGAAUAUGAA